AUGCGCAUCGCCCUUUACCACCAACUGACUCGCUACACUGAGUGUGCACCUUCUGGUUACGCUAAAAAACGCACUGGUUUCAUGGGGAUAUUGCUUUCUCCUCACAUUAUCUGCGAAGCGCUGCUAUUCUCGUCCCCGAUCGUCAUUAACGCGACUCAGAUCCCUUACUACGGAGUUGUGGGCCUCACAAUAUUUGGUGGAUUCCUCUCCGUUUACUUUACGUGGUCCUCGGAACUGUUCAAUGGACAAGAGCCCUAUCCAUUGAUUCGUGCUUCGCAAGCGUUUCUCUCACUUCUGUCCGCUUUCGCGGGUGUGAUGGUCUUCCUCUUUGGCCGAACAGCCUCCGAAGAUGAGCCUCAGUUCCUAUAUGGGUUCAAACUUCUUUCUGCGAUUACUGUUUACGUUCAUGAUUGGACGAUGUUAACCUUCACCCGAUCGAUUUGCUCAUCUAUGAGGGUCGGCAACACCAUCAAAAGUGGGCAUCCGAAGCUAAAGGGAGUCGAACCCUUGCAGAGGCUGUGGAGCAGUACCGAGCGCGGUAUAACCAACACCCACCUCCAUCGUCUGUUUGUUAUCGACGAUUUCGAUCAAAUAUACGACGACAUCCUACCGUUCCGGGCUCUGGAGCCCGCGCAGAUCCGGGAUCUCACCCAAAGAUUGGACCACGACCCGCUCAAUGAUAUUGGCGCAAUCAGCAUUUGGAACGGUUUCGACAGCUCUUUCAAAAACAUUUUCGACCGAUAUGUGAGUGCCACAUGCCCACGUUCGUCGAAAGCUCGAUCUCAGCGUAUCUGGGAUCGGCGGAAUCUUUGCGUCCAUUGUGUUCGCCCACAUUCGCUGGGUCAGUUCCCCUCCGAUUGGAGAGUGGCCUCGGACAUCUGCCACCAGCCCGAUCUGGCCUUCCUACACGGGUUCUUCAUCUCGCCCGCCUCCUUCAGGGUCACGCAAGACCUAGUCCCAGUCUUCAGUCAGGGAUCGGUUUCUGGGUUUAGCGAUAUUCUAUUCCCGAGUCCUUGGAACUAUGUGGACAAGGUGAAGUACGAACCGUCCGCCGAAAACCCUGACAUGGACUACAAGGACAAGUCAAACGACCUGUUCUGGAUUGGCGGCACUUCCGAAGGCAUGAGCAUCAAUGGCGAGUGGAAAGGAAUCCCGCGACAACGGCUUAGCCACCUCGUCAACAACAACACCUACAACGAUGUCUCCCUUCUCCUCCCCACAACCAGCGACCCGGAUACCUUUGUCUAUCACACCAUCAAGGGCAAAGCCCCAGCGGACACCUACGGCCUGAAUGCCUCUGUGCACCUUACGGACCCGAUUCUGCGGUGCAGACAGGAUUGCAAUGACCAGCAGGCCGAACUCGGCACCGCAGGGCGCGUCGAGUUCCAAAGCCACUGGGGACACCGGUACCUCUUCGAUGCGGACGGCGCAGGUUUCAGCGGGCGUUUCCUCCCCUUUCUGCAGAGCCACAGCCUUCCGUUCAAGACCGGGCUGUUCCGGCAAUGGUUCGACAGUCGCAUUACGGCAUGGCUGCAUUUCGUUCCUAUUGAUGUGCGACUCCACGGUCUGUGGAGCACCCUGGCGUACUUUGCUGGUGUCGACAUCACUGUCGGGGUUGACAGCAUCGGGCAACGCGAGGUCCUCCUCAAGCCCCAUGACACUGAAGGCCGCUGGAUAGCCGAGGAAGGUCGCAAGUGGGCACAAAAAGCCAUCCGUAAGGAAGACAUGGAGAUAUACUUUUUCCGGCUGCUUCUCGAGUGGGGACGGCUCACGGAUGACCAGCGAGAUACGCUUGGGUAUAGACCGUGA